ACUCCCAAACGGCUCAACCGAUUUCCGUAAAAAUUUGCACACAGUAGGUAUUUGGUAUGGGGCGUGUUUGUGUGCUAUUAGUUGGAGAUUAUCUGCAGCCAGAUGGCGCUUUGGAAUAAAUUGUGUUUUCCUCCUAUUUCGCAGAGUGUCGCAGCAACGCGCGAUGGGUAUUGGCGAUUCUACGUUGAAACCGCUCGCAGAUAGCGCUGCAAGGAAAGUGUUACUGAUUUGAUUCUAUUCUGUCAUAGUGCAUAUAUUUUCUGUAAACAUUGGUAAAAAAUGACUUUUAAACACCAAAUUACCGAUCAAUUUGUUGAUAAUUGUUUAUGAAAAUGAAGGAAAACCAUCAUUUUAUAAGAUGAUGAGUGAACAUCUUGCGAAAAGAGUGUAAAACAUAGUGGUUUCUAAUAUUAUUCGUAGAGCUAUAUGCGCGCUGUUUCGAAAUGUAAUUUGUUGAGCACCGUAGCCGCCGCAACAGCAUUUCCCGUUCGUCCUAAGUUAAGCUAAACCUUCAUGAGAUGGUGUAAAUUCAUGAAACUCUCCAGAUCAGGCGAGGAAAGAAUAUAUCCGGCUAACAGGAAAGUGUCAGCUUUGUAUCAUGCACAGCCGAUCCUUCUCUCCGAUAGUUUUCACUGAAUCUCCUACGUAGUUCAAAAUAUGAAGGAGUUUGACAUUGGUACUGAUUGGGUCUCGGUUUCGAGUUGGAACUUUAUUUAUGGAACGAUUUUUUAUAACCACAAUAAUACCCCGAUUACAUUUCGCAGAAAUGUAUGAGUGAAAUAGUUGCAAAUAGUUGUAAUUUCAGAAUAAUUGCAAAUAAAACUAAAUUUCUUACUCGUUUUAUUCAUAUUUUGGCAGUGGUAAGCUUUUUCCGAGAAGAUAAUGAAGAUUUUGUUGUAAGCUAUGACUCACUUACGGGUGAAAAAAAGCAAACUGUAUCACUUUGCCAGUUCAUGAGCUGAAUCAUAGGUGUCACAUGACUAAUUUUGGCUUUGCCACAAAUCGCCAAUUAGCUAGUUAAAUAUAAAUUAAUACGUGAUUAAAAAUAUAAUGGUAUUGCCCUCUGAUGCCAGUUUUAUCAAAUGAUUUUCACCUUUUUUGAGAAUUAAUUUUCAGUCAGUUUCCAACUAACGAAGACAACGGUCACGAAAAGCUCCCGAAGCAACCAGGAAAAAUAUACACCUAACAAGUCCCGAUAAGUACAUGUGUACUCAGGGCCGUCUAAAGACCGCUCAAGACCCCUGGGAACCAUUGAACCGAGAGGCCCCUAAAAAAUGAAAAAGUAUGAACAGAACUAUAGUAAAAAUAAACGUUAUUCAUGAAGCUAAAUUUUAAAAAUGAUAAAAAUGUUUAAGGAACUGUUAUGCGAGUAUGGGCAGUGUAUUUGUUUUAGCUGUUGUAGGUGUUUUUGAUCUUGGGUAACCCCACACAGGAUUUUCCGUAGUGUUUACAGUAUUGACACGUAAGAGAUUGAUUGCCAUCAACAUACAGUGUGGUCUGAGCACAGGUGGAACUUGAUCGCCGUGUCCCGAAAGAAGGAAUGGAAAACUAGUAUACUAUACAAACUAGAUUUUCUUAAAAUGUAAAUGGUUGCCCCAUUGAAGAGUACUCAAAACUGAGCACUUUUUUACCCAUUUUCAAUUUCAUUCAAUAUAUAAAACUGGGUAGAAAAAUACCCAUUUUUUGACGUAUUCAGUUAGUAGGGGAGACUGAGGAGACUUGAUCCCAUCAUUGUAACUCAAAGCCGGAUCAGAAUACAUUAAUCGAAUAUACUAUAAAGUUGCGUAGUUUUAUCUAAACAUAAAUUUCAUUAACACAGAAAAAAGAAAUUGGACUUUUGUGUAACCGAAUUUUUACCGAUUUUAAAAAAAGUCUCAGAAGAACUGAAGAAGAUUUAUUUUUCAAAUUUUCAAACUUUUAUAAAAUUGAUAAAAUCACCCACUACAUACUCUACUUUCGGAUACAGAAUUACAGGAGAAUGUCAAUUAUAUGAAUACGUUAUGAUCGAGCUGAUUCUUUUGUUCAACUAUAUUGUUACUAAAGUUUGCUGAAAUAGAUGCUAUGGGUUCACUUGAUCCCUUCAAAUUCGUGGAGAUUUGAUCCCCUUCGCCAUACUUCAUACACACCACUGAAAAUAACCAAAUUCACACCAGAACAAUUGAUGUCAUUGUUGUCAUAAAAAAUGUCAAAAAUGAACGCUUCAUCGUAAAGAAACAUAACUGUAAUUGUUUACUACAGUAUAUGUAGCAACCAUUCAUCCCGCAUUUGACGUUCCUCAACCAUAAUAAAGACAGCUUUCAAAUAAUUGCACGGAGUUUUGGGGAAUUCGUAAAAAAAUCAGGUGAGAGAUGCGUAAUAUGUAGUAACAAAAAUAACAAUAUCUAAUCAUAACAAUUUAAUCAAUACGACAAUCUAUUUAUAAAAUUGAAUGGGGAAAUGUGCCCGUUUUUGCCCUAUUAAGAAGGAUACCACAUUAUUACUACAAUAAUUUUAUUAUUUCAGCUUCUUUGAUUUGUUAUUAAGGUCCAUUUUUUUAUUUCGAUUAUAGAGGUUUUAACGUUAAGGUCAUUCGCCUCUUAUUAAGAGCCAAUAUAAUAACAAAAUUGUCUUGAGAAUGGUGAAAAUCUUCUGUUUGAGCGCAGUAAAAUCUCUAAUCGAGUACCCCCAUUAUCGCAAUACCAUUUGAGUCAAUGCGUUGAGCAAAGAUGGCAGACGCUGCUCUAACCAAAGGUUUCAGAUGGGUAGGAUGAUAGUAGAAACAGGGCAAAAAUAGGCUUAUUACCCUACAUGCUCUUUUAAACACGUUUUCAAAAAGGAAUCAAGUGUCCUCAAAUUAGGGAUCGAGUCUCCACUAAUCUAAGAAUUUUCCAUUUUUUUGUUGUUUUCCAGAAAUGCUCAUAGCUCAUGUCCAAUAUAAUAUUUCCAUGUAAUUUUUUUAUGAUUAUUAGUCAUCCCUAGAAACAAUAUAAAACUACAAAAAAUACAUAGUUUUUUAUCAUUCCACGGAGUAGUACUGAAAAAUAAAAAAGGGGAUCAAGCUAGGGGCAGAUCACUUGUGAUGCAUUUUUAAAAAUCAGCGAAAUUAAAUGCAUUUAUUUCCAUCAAAAUAGAAAUUCAUAAUGUAUUUUGCGUUGCGUGCAAUGUUUUUGCGUUGCCUGCAAUGUGGUUUGCGUUGCGUGUAAGACGUCAAAACCCUACAGAAAAACUAGCCCUACAUUUAACAAAACGUCGAACAAAGUGGAUCAGCGUAGGACGUUUGUUAAACAAACUUUUCUGCGAGGGAGUGCCAAGCUGAUGCAAAAAUGGAAAUUAAAUGCAUUUUUUUCUAAUUUGAUGCAAAUUUGUUAUACAUUCUUAGAGUGAUCUGCCCCUAGGGAUCAAGUCUUCUCAGUCUCCCCUACCCAUUAUUGAGAAUGUGAUAUGUACCGAAUAAAUGAGUUUUCCCAGUUUUGUAGGAGAUGGGCAUUACAACUCUCAUUAAUGGGUACUUUAUUUUAACCGUGUGAAGACUCGUUCUUCAUUUCAAAUAAAAUUGCUUUUAGGAUGCCUGUCCGAUUUCUGGCAGAAUUCAAGCUCAAAAUCAAAAACCAAUUCAGAAUCAUGAGGUCUGUUCCAGUACCAGGAGAAACUGGAAGUACUCCGGAGAAAAUCGUUCCUGUACUCUCUUCUUCUCCUUUUUCUUCUUCUGGUAGCAAACCGGAGUAAAAAGGAGCAAAGAUUUUUUGCUCCUGUUUACUCCGGAGUGACUUCCGUGUACUGGAACAAACCUAUGGUCGUUCAAGACAAAUUAAGACAUUUCUAGAGAAAAUUUUCAAUAGGACGUAAGUAACAUUGAGAGGCUCUCUUUGUUUACUUUCUCUUUCGUUUAUUACGACGUCAUUACAACACUUUGUACUAAUUUUCCAGUACAUAUCGAAAGCCGAUGGUUUUUACUACAAUAUUAUGCAAAGAAUAGAGUAGUACACGGAACGAUUGUGCUACCCAAAACAUGGGUAAAAAAUCGCCAGCGCCAAGUUCCGCUAGAGCGAACUUAAAAUUGGGUAUUUUUUUCAACAUGGCGAUUACCCAUUGAAUAAGUACUCCGAUACCUACUUUUGGGUAAUUUAAAAAGAUAAACAACGGAGUUCAACGUUUAACCGUGUUGUAAAUAUUUAUUUGCAAAACUUGUUGGCAAUGGAAAAUUAUAUCAUAGUCAAAGGAUUUUCCGCUGGAUUGAUUUGGGAAAAUUCAACAUUUUCAAUUUUGCAACCGUGCUUAAGAAGCGAUUGGGUGCUAUUAUUGCUGCCUUUCAGUUGAUCGUGAUAUUUCGAACGCAGUGAACUAGCUGUACGGAACCCAAUAGCCCCUAUCGGUUGGAAAAGUAGUUGUGCACGGUGACACGUCCAGAGCUUUGUUCCAUUUCUGCAGCAAAUAACAGAGGUCAGGGAUCGUAUGAGCCAAGAGGAGAAAUGCGCUGUUACAGGCGUUUUACGACGAAAAAGUAAGAGUCAGUUGAAAAUUGAUUCAUCCCAGUAUAAAAAUCGUCUGUUGAGUACUGCUGUUAAGAAGUGUUUUCAUCGACUUGUCGACGGAAGACAGAUUCGCCAGAGAUGGCGACAAUUAGUUCUACUAGAACCAGCAUACUAGAGUUUGUGAAAAACAGGAACAUUUAUCCGCUUCUUUGUAGGCACAUUCCCACACCCGUCAUUGGACAGUGCUUGAGGUUUUGCUGGUCAAAAAAUUUGAAUUGUCGGGUCUCUGUGCAUACUCAAUGAGUAACUUUUUCGGUCGAAACAUAACCAAACGAAUGUGAAACAGAUUUACAGGUACUUCGGUUAAAGUAUUUCACAAAGUCAACAGCAUCUGCGAUAUAAACAUCUUUACAAUCUCUAUUCUAAAUACAACAUCCAAGCACCUAAACAAUGCUUUAGUGUUGUUAAGAAUCUUGAUGCAGUGCCGGUGAGCAGAUGUCAAAACCAAGCAUGAAGUUUUGGAAAUAUAUAGGUGCUUGGCCCAACUUAUGAAUUGGCACCACAAAUACGUCUUGAGGGUUUUCGAUAUUCAUUCUAUCACUACGCUUGCAUCAGGUUCGCGAUUGAAGUGCGGCGUUGAAGUGGUGAUUGCUAUCUUAAGGUGAUUUAUCAACUUACAUCCGUGUUGGUGUUUGUUGCAACGAAUUUACUAGCUACAGAUUCGCAAGAGUAUCGCCCAAUUGCGACCAGCUCGGGUGGUGUUAUUGUGGAUGGCGACCCGAUCAAAAGAUGUUCAGGCGCUGACGGAGGAGCUAUCACGGUUUUCAUCUUCGUGGAAACGUAGAAAAAAGUUGUUCUUAAGAUCGGUCUAACAGAUAGAUAAGGGACGAUUUUGAUGCAUGGCGAUAAAUCUGUGUCGAUGCGAGAUUUUGUUUUGCUAAACUUCCGACCUGAUUAAAGUACCAGUCUGUUUGCGAAAGGAAGCCGACCCACAUCCGAUUACAAGUUUAUCGAGAUGGUUAAACAGAUAUGCACAUAAAUGACGAAACCGUCAAUCCAAACGUUUUGAACGCAACGAGAAGAGAAACCGAGAUAUUGUCAACAGCAUAAUGAUCGAAGAGCAAGUACAGAUAAAGGAUCGACAACCAGUAGUUUGUUUGUAGUUGUAGUCUCCAAUAUGAAAUAUUCUGUACUGUGCUAUCUAGAAACAUCACCAGUCCGCCUCACCUAAACGCUAGCCAAUAGUAGGUCAAAUCCCAGCGGCGAAAUUCAAAUUAUUCUCUCGAACAAAGACAGUCGCCUAAACGAGAACUACGGCUUGUACAAUAUUCUACUGGGCGAAACUGCCGGGGCUGAUGAUGAUUUGAAUGACGUCGAUAACGAAAUAAUCGAUUACGAUCAGUAUCUACAACUUCAAAAACUACGAUGGUGACAAGGAUAAACUCAGGAAUCGUGUCAGAAACUUUCUGAAAUAAAAUAGAUUGAUCAAGAUCAGCUUUGGCUUGGAUUUGUAAAAUAGAUAAAGUCAACAAAAAUGUAUCCACCAGUAGCGAAGAAUAGCCCAAAGUGUUAGAAUUGCCACACCCUCUACAGAAUAAAUUCAUAGUACAGAAUCCCCACCGAUGUAUGUUAGCGUACCGCAAAACCUUUCGAAACGACUGAAUAUCUAUUAGCUACAGAAACAAUUGCAUUCAGAAGAUGGAUCAAUACCUGGCACAGACCAAGCAAGUUACAGACCGAACAAAUGAACUAGGUGAACUACUUCAAAAUAUUCUCGAAAGGUAUGCACCAACAGCGAGCGUGAGUUUAAACCAAACAUGACAGUACUGCGGGAGACCAUCGACCGGCACGAUUUGUCGAUAGUAGAUCACACUUUGAAAAAAAAUAGACCACAAAGUAUUAAACCCGUGCUCCCUCGAACAAAUAGUUCCACUGUCACUGAUUCAGUUACAUAUAUCCGACUUGUUCAAUCACAAUGAACUCAAGCAGUUUGUCGUUCAUGGAUUUGGACUCCAACAGUUCUGAUGGUCCUGGAAAUAGACUGGGAAAAGCUGCUGAACGUAGGACUUCCAGGUGCGUAUCCUACCUAUCAACUAGAGACAAAGAUCACCUCGAUCCACAUCAUUCAUCGAAGCAUAAAGAAUACGUUUCAAAACGGGAUUCCGCAGCUUGUAUCAACCGUCAGGGGACAGAUGCACCAAUCAUAGCCAUUGAUAUUCAAUAAUAUCCCUAUAACUAACUCGGAGGAUGCCCUAGAAUGUAACUCAAGCUACUUAUACUUAUGGAUUGAUAUGAAGUAGUUACACAUAUUUAGAUAUUGAUAGUAGACCGGUGCACAAAUAUUAUGCAGCACCAUUUAAUUUUAUCAAUGCAAUGGCAAAGGUCGUUUGGCAAUUAGAAAUAUAUUGUACCCACUAGCUACUAGAUAAGAGAUUAAUUACUUUUAAAAAAGAAAUCCAAACACGCUCAAUAUAACCUAAAUCUGAAGAGCAGACCGCCAUCUCAAUUUUGAAUAAAAUUUACCUUAUUUUAAGUAACAUUCCACAAACAUAAUUUUGCGCAAAAAUUACCCAAUUUUGAGAAUCGUUCAUGCAUCUCAUACUGAGUAAAAAUUACCUAUUUUUGAGAAUCGUUGCUGUUACCCAAUCUUUGGGUAAUAUGCAGAUUACCUAAUUUUGAUGGGAUGAAGUUUAGUCCGAGAUGGGUAUUUUUUCCUCAAAAAAAAGUUUCUGGAUCUUAGCGUGUAAAUGUUGAAAUGGCCGAGUAAUGAACAGAAGAGAAAGACCUCAAAGAGAAUCUCUCAUUGUUACUUACGUCCUAUUGAAAAUUUUCUCUAGAUUUUUUUCAUGAAAUAAUGAACCAGGUGUCCCUGCUCAUUGAAAACAAACAGGCAGCGAUGCCAGAUAUGACAUAAACAUACAGUGAUGCCACAUGUCUUUAUUUUAUAGACAUUUGAAAUAUUGCGAAGACAUUUUUCAUUCAAUUCAAUGUGAAGACACUUGCAAAUAAGACCUGCACGCUUAUAUGGGACUACCCAUUGAGUGCGUCGAAAAUACUCAUUUUUUGGCAACUGCUAGAAGCUGUCAGAAAAUGAGUAGAAUUGAAACUUGCCACUGAGUGAAUAAUACUCAACAAAUUUUCUGUGUUCGAUACAACGACAGCGGAUCAUUCACGUCACUUAGCAAUUUUUUUAAACUAGUUUUACUCCCACACUCAAAAAAAAGUAAACGUUAUGCCUAUUGAUUUUACACAUAGAUUUUUGCAAUUAACGGAGGCAUAUAGACACUAUUUGCUGGCACAUAAACCUAAUGUGUGUAUUUACAAGAAAUAUUAAUCUUACAUUUACAUUUCAUAGCUAUUAGACUCAUAAAACCCCAUUCUAUAACAACAUGCACAUAUAACUUAUGUGUGUGCAUACAUAGCUUAUACAGUUGACACAUAGAAGGUAUGUGUGCGCUUGAUAACAAUAGCAUUUCUUCUUCAUAUUAAUUUUAAGCGGUUUGAAGCAAAUAGAAUUAACGUUUGGAUUUUUUUCAGUGCAGGUUUUCACUAGUUACGAGAUGGAUAAAAUCAAGGAAGUAGUUGAUGGAGAAUCAUAUCAGGCUCUAGUCGGUAAGUCAAAUGGAAAUGCAUUGUCAAGUUGUGAAUUAAUUGAAAUAUACGAAACAGUCGUUCGAUGCCCUGUGCGUGGUUGUUCCGCGGUGGUGCCGGGGGAGCCAAGCUCCUUCAGGUCGCAUAUUUCAACAGCGCAUGGAAUAAAGACGAGUGUGAGAAAUUCUGCUCCGAUUGCAUGCGGAAUAUGUAAUAUUACAUUUGCAUAUUAUAAAAAUUUUUGGAGUCACAUUAAGCAAAAACAUAUUGAUUCGAUUGAAGGCAUUGAACCAUCAUCAUCGGUGUCUGUUGAAUGCCCAAUAUCCGAUCCGAGUAUGGAUAUGGAAGUAGAAUAUGAUGAAAGCCAUGAAAGUGCGGGAUCCAUAACAAAUCCCCAUUUCUAUGAUGAACCAAUAUGUUUAAAUGAGUUAAAGGCGCAGAUGGCGGACACUGUAACAUCGCUGCGAGCUAAUUUGUCUCUUCCGGAAAGCAGAAUUGAAUCGUUCCUCGAAACUAGCAUUAAACUUCUUAACAAUUAUCAGUGCUAUGUGUUGGCUGAGCUACGACGAUUUCUACAACAGAUGUCGAUUCCGGAAGAUAAUAGGAAUGUGGUUGAUUUCAUCAACUCAUUGGAGCUAUCUGAUCCCUUUUCUGAUGUUAAAACUCUUCCUGACAAUAUAUCGUAUCUGUCCUUUAAAGCAAAUGGUGCCGUUCCGUUUCCGCAAGAAAUAGUUCUAGGACACCGUACAGUGACUCAGAUAGUCCCUCGUUCUUGCAAUUCGGUAGCAAAAAAAUCCGUUCGCAAGGUGGUGAAAGACGUUUUACAUUAUAUUCCGAUACAUGAAAUGCUCGAACUUAUUAUGCGAGACGAAGCUGCGCGCUGUAGUGUUCUGUCAGAGAUCCCCAGAAGUGAUGGGGUUUUGUGUGGAUUCAAAGACGGAUUAAUCUUUAAAAGCGAUGAGUACUUUCAGAAAUAUCCGUUUGCUCUUCGUAUUAUUCUUCAUCUGGAUGAGGUAGAAUAUAUUAACCCUCUUGCUUCGCGAAAAGGCAAAAAGAAACUAACAAAUGUUAGCUUUAAACUACAAAAUUUCGACCCAAUUGUUAACUCUUCACUUAGUCGUGUAUAUUUGUCUCUUGCGGUACAAUCGAACGUUCUUAAAAAGUAUGGCUACAAAAGAGUAUUCAGCAAAAUGCUGGAAGAUCUCCGUUCAUUAGAAUCAGAUGCUGGAAUUAGGAUCAGAUUGAAAGACAACUCGCUGUACACAUUACAUGCUGUUGUGGUAAACGUAGCAGGAGAUACAGCAGCGCUUCAUGAACUUAUCGAGAUCAUGGGUCCUCAAUCAAAACUAUUCUGCCGAGUAUGUUAUAUUUCGCGGGAUUACUUCAGGAAUGGUUCGUUUGGAAAUGUUUUCCCACACAGGACAUCUGAAUCAAUUCAAUCGGAUUUAUUCGCUGUGCGUGAACAUAGAAAAAUGCCCAAGGAAUGUGGUGUAAUAAGUGACUGUUGUCUACACGUUCUACGUUUCUUUCACUACGGUAAAAUAAGAUCAAUGGACCCGAUGCAUGAUCUCUGUGAAGGGGUUAACAUGAUGGUGAUAAAAAUGAUUUUUUAUGACGUGGUUGUUGUACAAAAACUGAUUUCUUGCGAAGAAAUCAACGAAAUGAUAGAUGAUUUUGAAUACGGCAGCACAGAAAGGGAAAAUAAGCCAUCAGCUAAUUUUACUCUGAUAGGUUUAAAAUCAAAAGGACAUGCAAUCAGCCAAUCUGCUUCACAAUGUUGGCUCCUGUUACGAGCUCUGCCUUUCAUAUUUGGUCAUAUUAUAUCACACAACAAUAAUUAUACUCGUAUCAUUAGUGUUCUCUUAAAAAUAAAGUAUUUUUCUUUUUCCAUGACACUUACUCAACUCCAGGUUAACGAAUUAGAGGAGGAUAUUCAUACUUUUUAUAUAUUAUUUAAAGUUUGUUUCCCAACUGUAAACCCCACAAACAAAAUACACCAUUUAUGUCACUAUGCUGAUAUUUUUCGUAUGAAUGGUACCAUGACAAAUUGCUUCAUUAUUGAGGGGAAGUUUAAAGAGAGUAAGGGACAGAGCAAAACGUGUAAUAAUUUCAAAAAUUUAACCUAUAGUAUCACCAAGCGAGCUAAUCUUAAGCAAAUUAAUUCCAUUAUUUCCCACUCCUAUUGUCUUAAUGUUCACGUGGCGAAAACUACGGCAAGCGUUUCAAAACAAUAUUUGAAAUACUCGAAACUGAUAGAAGAUUUACCGGAAACUAUUUUAAUUGUGAAUCAUCUUACUAUAAACGGUACCAUGUUCCAAAAAGGCACAGUUGUCAAAUACGAGAUAAACCAUUCAAAGCACUUUGGUGUAUUUGAAUGUUCUAUUAAGCUUCCAGAUAGAUUUAUUUGUAUCAUACAAAAGCUACAAAUUUUAGAUUUUGAUGUUAAUGCUAACAGCUUGAAAGUUUUGCAAUUAGAUGAGAUGGUACGAAUUGAUAGUUCAGCUUUGUUUACUAAAAAAACAUACAAUUUUUGGAAAUAUUAUCCAUAUAAUGGCUCCAGUUACAUUAGUUUCAAAUAUGUAGAUGAUUACACAGGAUUGACUUCUUUAAAUACUUAAAUAAUGCUUGUAGAUACUAUGAUAACGAAAUAGAUCGCCGCUGGAAAAUUUUCAAUGCAUUUAUAUAUAAAUAAACUAAAUUCUUUUAUGAGACAUUUAUUACAUUUAUCGCACAAAUAAGUAGGUAUAUAGCACUCUAUUAAAAAUUGUUACAAUAAUACAUAACAAACACUAGAUUAACAUUUAGCACAGAUAACAGAUUUAGUGCGCGAUUUAAUAAUUACCUACAAGGCAAAACUUACCGAAAUAACCUUAACAUGAAGUUUUCACACUAACUUUGUAACGGUUUUUUAUGCUGCUUAUUGAAACAUGUUUAUCUAUGUACUUCGUGCGCGUUAUCUGCCGCUGUAGGCACAGCUGUCCCAUGUUCUAAGACAUUUCUUUCGCACAUUGGCCAAUUAUGCGUACUAUGAGACAUUACACUUCGUUGAACAAUAUGUAAUUUCAUUUGUAGCAUUCAUUUAGGUGGUAUCAAGAAGUUUAAUUUUCUAAGGUUCACAAACUGAAAUAUCGCGGGUAGCACAUGGUGGAUUAUUUGUAAGUAUGUCAUUAAAAUGUAAGUUUUGAUUUUAUUAUUUGUAAGCUAAAUAAAUACUAAUAAUAAUAAUUUGAGACAUGGACUAACUGCAUGAGUACUUCUGAACUAAUCUCUUGAACAAUGAUGUUAAUGUGCUUUAUUUCACUUACAGCACAGAAGGUGACUGACGCGUCCCUUGUUCUUUUCGACGAAACAGCAUUGAUGGAAAUCGGAAUAAACGCAAAAGGACCUCGCAUGCUUAUACUUUCGAUUAUCGAGGAACUAAAACAUAAUGAACAACCGCACCGAAGUGAUGGUGAUGCUGAAAACAGGAAUAUUAGUGCUCCAGACGAGAACCUGCGAAGUAUACUAAUCAAUGAUAUAAAAUUUCGUCACAUCGUGUACAACAAAUUGGAUAAAAUGAUAUUACCAAAUGACGCAGAGCUCUGGUGGAUGAUUCGUAUUCUAUGCGCAUCUUUUGAACGAUUGAUCUACGAUAAAAAAGGAUACCCAACUUGCGAUGAACAAUGCCGGCUUGCUAAAACUAUUAUACGUACCUUUCCGGUACUGAAGAAGUCACGAGUCAACGAUAAUGCACCAUCGGAGUCGGCUUUCUUCUGGUGGCAUAGUGGCAACGAGAAAGGACCUCAUUCGGGAUAUAUCUACCACCGAGUCCGCAACAUGAUCAAGGCAUUGCCUAAAGAGCUAAAAAAGUAUCGGCGUAUGCCUGAAUGCGCAGUGGCAGAUUCGGUUUCAAAUUCAAUUCUGGAAAAGGCAACUCAACUUUCAACAAUCAUGGCUUCCGUGGAAAACUACACAGAGAUCAAACAGGGUAUGGACGAAUGCUUCCCUUUGCACCAAUUACUUCUUAAAGAAAGAAAAGGUACCAAAGCGAUCAUCCAAACACUUCCACACAUAACAUCGUUCAAAGGGAGGAUGAUCCAUGAUGCGUUCUACCGAUUGAAUCCUGUUGUUGCAAAGGAUAUAGAUUUCACACCCAUUCUAUCCCAAGGGUUGCUUCUAGUUCCGAAUAGCUUCAGGGAAGUUGAAGAUGUUUAUUUAAGAGGAUUACUAAGAAUUUUCUCAAGCUUGUCCAGAAAAGGAAUAAACGAAUCUGGCAAUAAAGUCUGGGAUUCCAUAGAGCAACUCUAUGCUGCACCUAUAAUCCAGUGGACACAGAACUUAAGUGAAUAUUUGGCACUGGCAGGGGAAGUACCGCACUUGAUUUGUGAAGCCGAAAUGUUUAAAAUGGGUACAUACAGUAUCGCUAUGGAUGGCGUUAUCGUCAUGACGGACUCUUCAUUCAGGAAUAUUGUUGAUAUAUUCUUCAAAGCGUUCUCCGUCUUUGGGACACAGGUUCCAACACGUCUUCAGAUGCUGGACGAUUUAUUAUGUAUACUUGUAUACAAAACUAAAAUCAGAGCUCACGAAUAACAGUUAACAAAGUUGCAAUGUCAAUUAAAGAAACCUUGAAUGGUCAGCUUCUUUGAUUUAAAGAUAUGUUUAAUAAAAAUAGCA